AUGAGCUUCAUGCAAAAGCGCGGUCUCUCGACCCUCAUCCCCCCCAAGAUUGCUUCUCCCAAUGCUAUCGGCUCCUCCCCCAAUGCUGUCCGCAUGCAGAAGGUCGUGAGCUUUUACGAGAAGCUGCCCCGUGGCCCAGCUCCCGAGCCCGAGGCCAAGGGUCUUCUCGGACGCUACCAGAAGAAGUACAUGGGCAAGAACCCAUCAGGAAGGCCUCUCGUCCACGUCAUUGGCUUCCUGAUUGCGCUCGGCUACGCACAGAACUACUACUUCCAUCUCCGCCACCACAAGAACAACGAGCACUAA